ACCGCGAGCUCUUCGUCAGCCAGCCAGCGGAGUGAGCUCAGAUCAACACCGUGCAUUCUAUAUACAAAAUAAUAUAAUAACAACAAAUUUAGAUGACGUAGUCCUAUGUAAAUUGUAAACCACCAGCGGUUUAGAAUUCCGAUAUUAAAUUAAAACGCGCGAGACAGAGAUACAACACACAUUAAAACUUACUUAAUUUAUUAAAAGUGACUUAAGUGUUAUACAGUGUUUUUUAUAUUAAAAAAACUAAUUGAAAAUUUGUGAAAAAAUGAUUGCCAUUAUCAAUAACAAAGAAUCAAACUGAUAACAAGAUAAUAAUGAGAGCUUGUCUACCAAUCACAUUUCACUACUUGGAAUGUAUUUUAUCCUGAAUUGAAACUUUAAUUUUUUGAGUAUUACGAGUGUAAAAGCGCCACGUUGAGAGUGUGUUUGUUUGUUAAUAACAAUGUUUAAAAAAGCAUUAAAAAGUAAAGUGCAACAAAGUGAUCCGCCAAGUCAACAACAGAAUGGAUUAAAUAAUAAUGGUGUAAAUAAAACAUCGAUAAAUUCACAAGUGUCUCAUCAUCAACCGCCGUCUGUCGAUCCCGUUGGACGACCACAAUUGGUAUUUCAUUGUCAAUUAGCGCAUGGUAGUCCUACAGGUUUAAUAUCGGGUUUUUCCAAUGUUAAAGAAUUAUAUCAAAAGAUUGCUGAAUGUUAUGAGUUUCCUGCUAGUGAGAUAUUAUUCUGUACGCUGAACACACAUAAAGUGGACAUGAAAAAACUAUUAGGUGGACAAAUUGGUUUAGAUGAUUUUAUAUUUGCACAUCGAAAAGGCCAACCAAAAGAAAUUGAAAUAGUGAAAACAGAUGACGCACUUGGUUUAACAAUCACAGAUAAUGGUGCUGGUUAUGCGUUUAUCAAACGAAUCAAAGAAGGUUCAAUUAUUGAUAAUAUACAACAUAUACAGAUUGGCGAUCACAUUGAAAAAUUAGAUGGUGAAAAUGUCGUUGGAAAAAGACAUUUCGAGGUUGCAAAAAUGUUAAAAGAAAUACCACGUGGCGAAACAUUCACAAUCCGUCUAGUAGAGCCAUUACGAAAUGGAUUUGGUUCCAUAGGGCCUCGAGGAGAUCCACGUCUAAAACAUAAAAAAGGUUUUGGAACGGGAAAACAAACGCUACGAUUUAAGGCAAACGGUAGUGCUGAAAUUGAACAGAAAGACGAUAAAAUGGAUAUUGGUAUUGAAAAAAUUAAUCUUUUAUUGGAAUCAUUUAUGGGUAUCAAUGAUUCUGAUUUAGCCACACAAAUAUGGGAGAAAGCUGAGGGUAAAGCAAAUUCUAUGGACUUUGCUGAAGCAAUUGAUAAUUCUGAUUUGGAAGAAUUUGGUUUUAACGAUGAUUUUAUUAUUGAAUUAUGGGGUGUUAUCACUGACGCUCGAUCAGGGCGUCUAAAAUAAUUUUUAAAUAUGGCUGGUAUACAUGUGUCAGUCGACCAUUGUGCAUUUAUUUGACAUAUGUGAUUCAGGCAUAGAUAAACUCAAAAAUUGUGUCCCAUGCCUUAAAAUGUGAUUUUAUAAAAAAUAUUAAAUAAAAAUUUGUACCGAAAAAUUAUAUUAUUUUGCAAUCUAGGAGUCAGUGGUCAAUUUAAGUGUCAUAAUAAAGAGGUCGAGCUUAUUAAGUAUAAGAAUUAAGAACUAGCAACGUUACGAAAAAGUGGAUUGAUAUUUCUUUUCUUAUUGAAAUUAGAAAGGGAUCGAGUAUGUCUGGCACCUGUGAAUGGUUGUGUAUACUGAGUGAGUGUACAUUUCUGAAAAAAACUACGAAACUUGUUGACGUUAAAAGUAGCAUCAGCAAUUGCUGAUUUUAAGCCAGAGCCAUUUAAUUGUGGCUGUAAUUUUAUUACGAUUAAGUUUCAUAAUUAAAUAAUAUAAUUUUAAUUUCCCAGAUAGAAAUACUAAUGGCAUCAAGCAUUAGUUAACGUAACUUCUUUCUUUUCUAAAUUCGAUAAGUAAAGAAAUAUGCGAAAUUUAGUUAUCUUCAAACAAACUCCCGAAAACGUAAAUUUGGCCAAGCUGAUUUCAUGUCAAUUUUGUGGUCAUUGGAACUGUUACUUCAUUUAAACAUCACACAAACUUUAAAAGUUUGAAAGCGUUUUACUCAUUAACAAUCCAGAGUACAGUUUCAAUUAAAUGAAGCAAAAAAAGGUUGAUAUUAGGUCACUAUUCACGGAAAAAAAUUCUGGCAGGAAAGUAUGUAGUGUGGAAAGUCUGAUGGAAAGAAUAUACGUGUAGAGGUAAUGCAUGCCCGGCUUUUCUGGUAGAAAGAAUUACGUGACCACGUUAAAUAAUUGUAGAACAUUAUUGCCUAAAUUCAAUCCCGCUGGUUCUGUCCACUCCUGGAGCAAUGCAAACGUGCUUUGGUCAGUGCCGUAUUGGAUAAUGGUCAACUAUGUACCUACGAAAUUAACUACUGGCUUCCCAAAUAAUAGAUACUUUGUUUAAACAAAAAAUGACCAUAGAUGUUAUACUAAACCUAGAAUCAAGUAGAUUAUUAUGAAAUAUCAGAAAAUAAAAAAAAUCUUCCUAUAGAGUUAGGAAGGCCUGUAGGCCUGUAGUGAAGCCGAUAGUGGAAGACACAAAGAUCGCAAAAUGGAUAAAUUUUGCAAAUCUGAUCAUCUUCAUUAGGAAAUCGGGUGCGAUUUAACGAAAUAUUCGCUAAAUGUCGAGAUCAGAUCCAAAUCGAUAUUGUUGAUGAUAAAAAUGUAUUCACAUUUCUAACCAAUUUAGACACAAGUAUCGGGAAAGGCAUAAGUCGUUUCGAAACGAAGAGGUUCCUUUAAAGGCCGAAACGUAAUCGUUUCCAUCUUUAAUAGACCUCUUCACUUCCUUAACGGAUUUUGAUGAAAUUUAGAAAGAUUUAUGUGUUCAGCAAUAAAUAUGUCGGAUGGAAAUUGUUUAAUUUUAUGCAAAUAUUUGGCUAUAUUUAAGCAUUUAGUUAGUAAACUUUGGCUAGUAUGUUUAUUCAUCGUUAUAGUCAGCAAUCUAGGUUUAUUAUAAACAAACAUCUAUGUCAAAAAAAAACAGUAUUUAAAAAAAUUUUGUUCUAGUCUUUUGUUUUUCAAAAUUUUUAAUUUGAAUGAAAACGCAAUUACAUAUUUCGGUACAAAUUCGGAUAAUUAUUAAUAAAAAUUGAUAUGAGUAUUUUCACCACUUACGAA